AUGAAGUCUUGCAAACAUUUGCAAAAAGAUCGCCAGAUGAAGUUAUUCGUAUUAAUAUUUUUUGUGACAAAAUUUGCAGAAAAUGCUGAUCACUUCUUUUUUGUUCCUUAUAAGCGACCGGUUCGAAAGUUUUAUCCAUUAAAAUGGGAGAACUGUCCAGUUAAAACUCCAGCAAAAGCAUUUCUCAAAGUUCCUUCAUUAGUUGUCAACACAUUGAACAUUUCUGGCUUAAUAAUUGUGGAUGAAGAAAUUGUUGGUGACCUUUCCUUUUCCGUUGAAGCCAAUAAGUGUAGUUUAAAUAUGACAGCAUGUGAAAAAUAUCCAAUAGUAUCACUACGCAACUUUUGUCAAAGAUUUAAUGAAAAGGAUAAAGUUUAUUCUGCUAUUUUUGACAACAUUCAACCUCGAAUUCAGUGCCCAAUAAAGCCUGGAAAUUAUACAAUUUCACCCGCAACGUUGGAUUUAUCAAUUUUCAAUCUUGUUCCAUUGGAUGGGUUCGUUUGGGUUACAACAUUUAAAUUUAUAUCGAUAAGUGAAAAUGAGGAAGAGUUUAAUGGAAGUAAUGAUAUGAAGACAAAUAAAUUGAAAGACUUUAACUGA